AUGGGGAACGCGUCCAACACCUCAGUGUUCACCUCCACCUUAUCGGAGAGAGAAGAUCUGAUUUUUGGCACUCUCUAUUUGGUCUUUGGCGUCCUGUCCCUGUCUGGGAACUCACUGCUGCUGCUGGUGGCCCAUCAGAAGAGGUCCCUGCUGAAACCUGCCGAGCUCUUCAUCGUCAACCUGGCCAUCAGUGACCUGAGCAUGACGGUGACGCUCUUGCCGCUGGCCACCGCGUCCUUCUUUGCACACAGGUGGCUCUUGGAGCAGGCGGUGUGCACGCUGUACGCCUUCUGCGGGCUCCUGCUGGGGCUGGGCAGCCUGGGCAGCCUGGCGGCGCUCAGCGCGGUCUGCUGCCUCAAGGUCUGCUACCCGGCAUACGGGAGCAGGUUCUCGCGGGGCCACGCCGCGGGGCUGCUGCUGGCCCUGUGGCUGCACGCCCUGGCCUUCGCCGGCGCGCCGCUGGGCUGGGGCAGCUACGGCCCCGAGCCCUACGGGACAGCCUGCUGCCUCACCUGGGAGGCCUCCGGCCGCGCCGCCACGCUCUACAUCCUCGCCCUCCUCAUCUGCUGCUACCUGCUGCCCUGCCUGCUCAUCCUGGCCUCCUACGCGCUCAUCCUCUGGACGGUGUGGGCCUCGCGGAGAGCCGUGAGGCAGCACACUGCUCAGGAGGCUCAUGGUGCUGCUCUGCUCCUUCUGCAGCUGAGCAUGGCCGUGUGCCUGGGGUUCCUGGCUGCCUGGACUCCCUACGCCGUGCUGGCGCUGUGGGCGCUGCUCGGGGACACCAGGCAGCUGCCAGCGCUGGCCUUCGUGCUCUCGGCUGUCCUUGCCAAGUCCUCGACGCUCUACAACCCGCUGGUGUACCUGCUGCUCAAGCCCAGCUUCCACGAGCUCCUGGCCAAGGACAGGGCCCUGCUCACCCUCCUGUGCUGCGGCUGCCGGGGCACCGCGCUCCAGCCGCUCCCGGCCGCGGGCUGCAGGGGCUGCAGGGAGGUUUUUGAGGGCUGCAGCGGCUGCCCCAGGUGCCACGCUCCUGCCCGGCUGCCCGGCGGGGCCGCGGGGCGCCCGGGGCUCGGCAGGACGGUGCAGCUGGUGGUGCUGCUCGCUCGGAGCCGGUCAGGCCCGGGCACUGCCCGCGUGGCACGGGAGGCCCUGCCCUCGGCCACGGCCAAGGACCUGCUCUGA